ACCCCCUGGCACCGGCAACUCUGGCGGCAUCUAAACAGAGUAAGCAGCAGGCAAAAAAACCCAGGCUCUGUCAAGCACCUCCCAUCCAAGCCAGACUGUAACAUUUCCCGUUGAGCCACCUCCUUCCUGCAGACACAACAGCAACAGAACUUAACAGAGAAACACUGAACAAACACUCUUAUCUCCUGACUCCGACUGAGCUAAACUGCCUGGGACGGUCUAUUCAAAGAUGGCAAACAAGGCUGAUGUGAAAGCCAUCAUGGCUCGCUUCCAAGCAAGUGGCGCAAGCAUUGAUGACUCCACCCCAGUCGGACGUCCCAAAACACCCCUGCAACCCCUGCUCUCCUCUGGCCCAGCUAUACAAAAGAAACCUAUUCUGGAGAGCCUCUCAGGCAGUGCGAUCAACUCUCCCCAAAAGCAAUCUUUUCUGAAAAGCACUCCAUCCACUAAAAGUGACACAGAUGCACAUGAACCAAACAAAACUAAGGCUUUGGCGAGCAAGUUUGGCAACUCCCUGGAUGAACCCACCAUCAGCAAACCUCCUGUUCUUAAUAAAGUGCAAACACCCUUGAAGUCACCCUUUUCACAGGCUACUGAAGCCAAAGGGCCUAUACACAAACCUCCUUUUAACAAACCUCCACUCAACUCCACUAUGCCUGAAACCAAACCUGUAUUUCCAAAAACCUCUGGAGGGGGGGUGCAUGCCAAACCUAGCUGGGUGAAAGAAGACAGUGGUGGGGGAACUGCACCAAACACCAGCACGACACCUAAAACAUCUAAUUUGCAUCAAAAGCCAGCCAGCAACGUUCUAAAAAUGUGGCAGCAGAAUGAAGAGCAGUCAGAAAUAAAGACAGACAUUGUGAACAAGCCGUCACCUCAAGCAAACACUGCUCCUAAGCCCCCCAACAACUUCAAGAAUGCUCAAAGUUUGUUCAACAAGGAGAAGGACCUAUCUGAGCAGGCAGAGAGUGGUGGGGCCAACAAAGCGGCGUUCACUGCUGUUAACUCUGCUCCUCCGCCCAGACCUCCAGCCAACAAAAAGCCAAGCCUGAAGAAGCCGUCAAAGGGUCCUGCGCAGGCUAAUGGUAUUAACAGUGACCCCCCUUCAGGCCUAAAGCGCAACCCUCUUCCCAACAGUCUGGCUUUGGGUCCCCCUCCUGCUAAACCUAAUCGGCCUCCCAAAGUAGAUCUAGAGGGCUUUAAAAGAGCGGCAGAGACCCCUGAAGAUGGCCCUGGUUUUAAGAAACCCAUCAUCCCAACUGCUUUGGCACCUAAUCUUAGUAGCCAGACCACCCAUGUACCACAGGUUCAAACCACACCUUUUCCGCCAAGUCUGCCUGCAAGACAUCUACCUAUGAACCAGCCAGAUGAUUUGCCUCCUCCUCCUCCUCCUGUGUGCAGCCACCCGAGUCAGAGGGCAAAGGAGGAAAUUGAUGAUGAAGAUGGAGAAAUGUAUGAAGAUCUGGAUGAACGAUGGAAAGAAGCUGAUAAGAACCAAGACAAAAAGAAAGAUGAUAAAGACGAGAAAAAGCGACUGGAGGCAACAAAGAAGGAGCAAAAGGAGCGUGAAAAGAAAGAACAAGAAGCCCGAAAGAAGUUUAAAUUGGUCGGAUCCCUGGAGGUCAUUCAGAAAGGAAAAGCUCUCACAGAUUGCAAAGGAGGCAAGAUGGAUCUGGCUCUGAAGGAGGGAGACCUGCUGGAUAUUAUCCGUGUUCAGGGGAACCCAGAGGGGAAGUGGUUGGCACGGACAGCAGAUGGAUCAUUUGGCUAUGUCAAGACAACCUUGGUGGAAAUUGACUUUAACUCCUUGAAAAAUCGUCCUGCUCAGGCAUCAUAUGAACCUGAAAUCUAUGACGACAUUGAUGUGGUCUCGUCAGACAAUGGCGGUGUCAAAGGACCAGCAGUUGUCCUACCUCCACCACCAGAAGAAGAUGGAGAAAUAUAUGAUGAUGUAGUUGAUCCAAACCUGGAAGUCAGUUCCCUUGAAAACGAGCCCUCACCGGCGAGGAACCGCAGCAUCCUGCGGAUCUUUGACCGAAACAGACGUUCUCCCAGCUCUAAAGUACUGCCUGCACCUGACCAGUUUGCUGCAGCUGGGAAUUUAGAUCGGUCUGCAGCACCAAUUGAUGAAGAGAUAUAUGAUGAUGUUGACUCGCAAAAUGCACCUCCCCCUCCUCCCAUUAGCAGUCUCCCAGGUAUGAAAAGCAAAAGCAAAACUGAAGACAUGGACCCAAAGAAGCAAAAAAAGUUUGAGAAGGAGGAGAAGGAAUUUAGGAAAAAGUUUAAAUAUGAUGGGGAGAUACAGGUACUGUACCAGGUGACCAUCACCUCCUCACUCAACAAUAAAAAGUGGGGCGGGAAAGACCUGCUGGUGAAAGCCGGAGAGAAACUGGACGUCAUUGUCAAAGCUCAGGAUGGAAAAUUGCUAUGUCGAAACGAAGAGGGCAAGUUUGGUUAUGUUUCAACCGGCCAUGUGGUGGAUGAUGGAGAAAUAUAUGACGACAUUGGAGGAGAUGAAUGCAUCUAUGACAAUGACUGAGAAACAUCCUGCACUGGCCUGAAUACACUGAGACUGUUCACUUUUCAUUAUGUGUUAUUUAUUAUGUUCAUUGAUGGCAGUCUGGGAGAUACUGUACGUUAGCAGCAUAAUCAUUCAGUCCUCCUGUUAUAAUGUAUCAAUAUGUGUUGAAAUUUAUAAUCAUAUGGGAUCCAUUUUUUUUAAUUGCAUCUUAAAAAACAAAAAAAGAAAAACAAAAGCUGAAUUGAAGUAUAACACAUUAGUUGGAUCAACAGUAUUUCAUUAUUAUUUCCUUUUUUCCUAAUGUUUUCAAAUUUAUUGUCAUUUCAAACUCUACAGCGCUGAAUUUUAAGGCUUAUUUCAGAAUAUUGCUACAUUAUACAGAAACAGUAUACAAGAACAAUGUUAAGCAUUUCUAGCUUCAUUUUUUUAUGUGAUGUGAUGUAUUAUCUGUGCAUUUUGUUGCUACUUACAAACUUAACUGGAAAUGCAUUUGCUCCUCAGUAAAAAUGUCAUGUUUUAGUGCCAAAUCUACCUUUGAUGUUCUGUACAUAUGAUGAACUGCAUAACUGUUUUAAUAUAUUCCCACACUUUGAGUUUGUCCUAUUGUGAGCACACUGAAAUGUAGAAAUUAAUAGCACUUUUCUUAUCAAAUAAAUUAAAACCUGGAGUUAGA